AGCGACGGUGUUCCGGGUCCAUGUUCUGUUGGACGUUGGAGCGGCUAGCUAGCGCGCAAUGGUUGACUACAGAACAUAUUUUCUUUAUUUAGAGUAAUAGUGACGGUUAAACUGACAGUGGUGAAAUGAAGCGCGUUCGCUAAGGUAGAGUGCUGUAGAGGGACAACAAGUCAUGGUCUUCUAACGUCUUAGCCAGCACUGAGGUUGGCAACAUGUUGGCUCCAGCAGGACAGCAGCAGGGCGACGUGGCGCCGGAUUUUCCGCCAGACUGGGAGGACGAUGAGCGCAUGACCUUCUUAUUCUCGGCUUUCAAAGAGAAUCGGGAGGUCAACACUACGGACUGGGAUGGUAAAAUGAAUUUCUGGGUGCCGUUGGUCAUCGGCAGCUGCAGGAAGCGCGGAGCUGUGUCCUUCAACCUGCAGGACCUGAAUGAGAGCUUUCGGAGGAAGGGCAGCAUGCCGCUAGGUUUGGGCACUGUCAUUCAGUGCAUGGCCAGGUGUGGGAAAGUACAGAAGGAAUCGGAGUUUGCCGCAAACGUGGAUUCCGGCUGGCUGUCGUGGGGAGUGGGGCUGCUGCUUGUGCGGCCCCUUAAGUGGACCCUCUCCACCCUCCUGGGGAACAGUCGAGUUCCCUUGGAAGAGUCUUUUGUGGUUAUUGAGCUGGUCAAGGAAAAGGCGGCGGAGCUGAUGCGUGUGUACCGGAGCUCUCCAGUAGCAGACCGCUCCUUACUGUCCUUCCAAGAGCUCCGCGCACUGUCUGCCCACGUCUGCCCUGAUGAAACUACGCUGUGUUUGGCACUGAUUCAGCUGCAGAGAGAAAAGCAGGUGACAGUUUUGCUGCAUGAAGGAGAGAAGAUUGUGAAGUUUUCCCAGCUGGACCAGGGCCGAGUGUCACCAAUAAGUGACAUGGAUGUUGGGAUCUACCAGCUGCAGUGCAGUGAAAAGCUGCUUGGGGAUAGAGUGGAGGCACUGGGCCUCGAGGCAGAGAGAUGCAGAGAAGAGGCAAGGAAAUUGUUGCAGGAAGGCAAGAAAUCUCAGGCCCUGAGGUGCCUCAAGGGACGGAAACGUGUGGAGAAACGAGCGGAACGCCUGUAUGGCCAGCUGGAAACAGUGAAGGGAAUACUGGAUCGGAUUGCACACUCACAGACUGACCGUCUGGUGAUGCAGGCAUACCAAGCUGGGGUGGCAGCCCUCAGGCUGUCCCUGAAGGAUGUGACAGUAGAGCGUGCAGAGAGUCUGGUCGAUCAGAUUCAGGAGUUGUGUGACACUCAGGAUGAGGUGAACCAGACGCUGGCAGGAGCAGCGCUCAACUCCUCUGUAGGUGGCGAGAGUGAUGAGCUUGAAGAGGAGCUGAAAUCACUACUGGAAGAGUCCACUCCAGAUGGAGUGCGCAUGCUCCCGGAAGUUCCCUCUCGGCCGCUCCCUGCAGGUAGGGCUCUUGGUGUCCAUGGUGACAGUUUCCUGGACUCACUGCCCCCUGUACCUGCCUCCACUUUUGGCAUCACAGAUGAGGAGCUGGAUAGAGAACUGAGUCACCUCACCUUAACUGAUACAGGCAUGGUACAGGCACACACCCUUUCAGACAGGAGGCCUGAGGCUGCACAGUGACAGAAUAAAGCGUAGCUUUCAACAUUGGGGAAUGACUACGGUCAACCUCUGGGUCUGUCAGAUUACCGGGAUUGAAAUUAAUGGAAAAUGCAAUCAAUUAAAAUUGUAUGGUUUUUUUUUUUUUGUAAUUGCAGUAUGUUGUUGUUUGUAAUACUUGUUUGUUUUUAUGUUGGAUUCUGAAAUUAUCACUUUAGGAGUGGCCUUUUAAACAUUGUGAUCUGUAUUGCUUUAAUAAAUUGCUAGAGAGUUACAAUGCCAAACAAAACCAGGUACUGGUUUUAACUGAUUUGAAUUGCUGGUAAAAAAAAAAAAAAGUGUAUUUUAAGUACUGUUGCUUUAUUUACUGUUGUUAUGAGCUAUAUGUUGUGUAUUUCAGUAAUCCAUCCCCUUUCUGCAAACCAGGUUUGGUAUUUUCCCCAAUAGCUCACUUUGUUAGACUAAAUUAUUUAUUGUAAAUCUGUACACAAGCUCCUAUGGGUCCCAGUUAUACUGUAGCCACAAAUAAGAAAUCUGCAUGUUCUGUAAUUUGAUAUAUAAUCAUAUAUGUAACUAUAUUUCAUUCAGACUGUUGAAUCAAAUGUACCUGUAUAAGUAAGAAGACUAAUUUCUACAUUAUAGUACUUGGCAACAAAAUGGAGAGUUCAGCACAUAAUUUGAGACUGCACCUUUAUUCUAUGUACUAAGAUUGUUUGGAGUGGAAGCAACUGGGAUUAUGCAUUUAGUACACGAAAGGGAUGAAAAAUAAUUUUUGAGGCUUAAUGAAUUUGAUUAAAUAUUUUUGCAAAGAUGAAGUGUAAUAUAAGUGUAAUAUUUAAACUCUCUCUCCCCCCCCCCAAAUAAUCUGUCUGGGACUCAAGAUAAACCAAAAAAUUUUAAACUAUUUUCAGGGGAUCCCUGGUAUACAACAGAAAUAUGGACUAUAGUGCAUCUUAUAGUGACACUGUACAGUGAGGACAUUUGCCCAGGAAUGAUGGUAAAUAAUAAUGCAUCCUCUUCGGAAGACUGAAUGACGACUAAUGAAAGAUAACGAGGUUUGGGGAACUGGUGGAGCAGUGCUAUUCAAAGCUUGUCCCUGUCAAAAUGUGCUGCAUGCCGCAUCAGCGUCUUCCAUGCAUUCUUCCCCUGGACCAUAAGCUCUAACAAGAUGCCUUGUACAGAAGUGCCAGACCAAAGACCAGUCAGACAAUGUCUGGUCUUAAAGAUUUCUCUGUGAUGGUGACUGGAAACCUAAGUUGCCCUCCUAAGUUCACUACCAACCACCAGUCUCAUCUCAUUACCAGGAGCCCUGAAGUAGCACCGGGUGCUGAUUCUGCUCUUUCACCUUUUUUGAUAAACACUAUGCCCUGCUUUGCUAGCCAGCAGGUUCUACUGUGUGUUUACAGUGUAUCUUUACAGUGAUGGGCUCUACCACAUCCUUUAAACACCAGGUCAUGGUUCCAACAAUAGUGGCCCACACUUAGUCCUAUUGAAAAGCUGCUAAAGA